GGAACACUCAAAUGGAUAGGGUUCGACGAGGAUUACUUUUGACGCUCCAUGCUCCAGGACAUUAGGAAGUGCAAGUGUUAAGCGAUAUUCAAAGGACACCGGCAGUAGUGAUUCCCGCAUGAAGAAAACAUCAACAAUGAUUUUAACACUACUCCUCAGGAACAUUCUGAUAUGCAUUGGUGGAGUCAACGCGAUACAAAAACAAAUACAAAAAUACGAUACAAAUGGUUUAAUAAAGUCAGAGAAGCAGCAAUUCGGCUACCCCGAACCCUCUAUUCCACUGCACAAUGGGUAUAUUUACGAUAAGCCGAGCUGCCCGUUGACACUACCCAGCACGAGCUACAUCACCAUACCUGUAACCGAAACCAGCGUUGUAGUGACCACGGCAGCACCAGUCACCAACACUCUCGUUCAAACCACAACCGAGCUUGUAACUCUCCCCCGGAUAACUGAGUUUCUCACUGAAACCAAAAUUGAAAAAUCUACAACCAUUUCUACGCACUUCCUUACGUCAACAGCAACGCAAAUUGAUAUUCAUGCAACCACACUAACCUCGUACAUAACCACAACAUAUUGCGCCCCAAAUACUUACCUUCCACCAGAGCCCCCAAAGAACUCCUAUCUUCCACCCACAUCCAUAUCAGCUCCUCCGUCACCACAACCUCCCUCAAACGCUCAAACACUUCCGGUGGUACAAAAACCGCAGUUCAAUAUUGACGAACUCGAUGUAGAGCAGACAACGCCAAACUCGUUCCUCCAAAGUUUCGCCUUCGAACAAGCUGGCCCAAUCAAGCGUGCGACCAAGGCCAUCGACGAGAACACACUUGAUGAUUCAGUGCCAGCUGACCUGCCAGAUUUGUCCCCAUCAAGCAGUGAUGUAACCUACAAACGUUCGAUGUCGUCACCUCUGAACCCAAGCACUUCUGCAAGAAAAUAUUCGUCACCCAAAAUCGACAUUUUCUACCUCGAGUCUAAGCCAGGUGGACCAACGGACCUCAUGCAGUGGUUGCUUUGCCGCUUCAAUCUAGUCAAUACGACAUGUCUUGAUUGA